ACCCCUCCUCUCUCAAUCCCCCUUUCCUCUCCACAAUCCAUUUCCCCCAAUUUCCGAGAAACAGAUAUUUUUCAAAUCAAAAUCCUCCAAUGGCCGCCGCCGAUCUGCAAUUACCGCCGGGAUUCCGCUUCCACCCUACCGACGAAGAGCUCGUGAUGCACUACCUGAUCCGGAGAUGCGCUUCUCAGCCGAUCUCCGUUCCGAUCGUCGCCGAAAUCGACCUCUACAAGCACGAUCCAUGGGAAUUACCAGGUUUGGCUCUGUACGGCGAGAAGGAGUGGUAUUUCUUCUCGCCGCGGGACCGGAAGUACCCCAACGGCUCCCGGCCAAAUCGCGCCGCCGGAAGCGGUUACUGGAAGGCCACCGGGGCUGACAAGCCGAUCGGUCACCCGAAAUCCGUCGGAAUUAAGAAGGCGCUGGUGUUUUACUCCGGCAAGGCGCCGAGAGGCGAGAAGACCAAUUGGAUUAUGCACGAGUAUCGCCUCGCCGACGUCGACCGCUCCGCUCGGAAGAAGAACAACAGCCUUAGGCUGGAUGAUUGGGUGCUGUGCCGAAUCUACAACAAAAAGGGGGCGAUCGAGCGGCGCCAGCAGCAGCAGCAGCAGCAGGGGAGCGUGAUCAGCCGGAAUAUGCCGAAGCCGGAGGACGACGACGACGAUCAGAAGCCACCGAUUCUGAAGGCGGUGCCGGAGGCGACGCCGGUGGUGUACGACGACUUCAUGUACCUGGACGCUUCCGACUCGAUGCCGCGGCUGCACACGGACUCGAGCGGCUCGGAGCACGUGCUGUCGCCGGAGGUGGAGAGCGCGCCGAAGCUGGCGGAGUGGGAGAGGGAUUUCCCGUUCGGGUUCGGGCUGAUCGGGUCGGGGUUUCAGGAGGGGAAUUAUCAGAUGGAGGCGAUGCAGGAGGUGUUCGCGCCGUAUAUGAGCAAGCCGUUUUGAGCCGACGGCGCGGAGAGGGUUUGGGUCGCACGUGGCACAGGAGACUUGGGUCUAUGAGUGUGCACGUGUGAGCCGUGAGGGGGUUUAAUUAAGUCAGACAGUCAUGUAAUAGUGAUUAGUGGGUAAUUAAAUUGUUAUUUACAGUGUAAUUUGGGUUGGUAUAAAAUGAUGGAAAACAUUACUAUUAUGGAAAUGGAAGUGAGAAGUGUAAUUACAAAAGGAAUUUAAUUUUUUGUUAA